CGUAUGUCUUAAAAACUCUUGCACUUAUAGAAAGGACUUUGAUCUAAAGACACAGGUGAAUUAACAUUGUUUAUAACUUUAAUGUACAUGUAUAGUAUUGCCACAUCAUCAAUUUGACAGAUUUAAACCAGAAACCAUGACAUUAAGAUGUCCAUUUCUCAGUCGAAUACCAGUAUGCCAAGUAAAGACAGCUGCCCCACAGCUGAUGAAUUAUGCAGAAAGAUGUCCAAUUAUGGCACAUGCAAUGAGAUAUAUGUCUGUGGGAACAACAUCGCAGACAAAAGAAAUAAGUGCUGAUCAGAUGAAACAAUGCCCAUUUAUGUCUCAUAAAAUGAUCAAGGAAACACCAAAGCCAGAGAUGAAAGUAGAAAGUAUACAGAUGAUGGAUGUUGAUAAAGAAACCAGUAGAGACUAUGUAAGGGAAAUGUCACCAACACCAGACAGUAAACCAGUAAAAACACAGAAGAAAACAGAUGAAAAAACUUCUAAGAAGCAAAUUGGAGCUCCAAAGAUAGAUUAUGCAUCUGGCUUGAAAGUUGAACAAGUUUUGGAUAUGUUGAAAAAAACAUCUUUUGCAGAAACAUCAUGGGCACAAACUGAGGAUGUCACGUUUGACUAUGAAAGCUUUUUUGGUGAGCAAGUGGAAAAGAAAAAACAAGACCAUACUUACAGAGUAUUUAAGAAAGUCACUCGUAAAGGUACACAGUUUCCGUUUGCAGAAGAGUACUCUGGCCAGAAACGAGAUAUCACAGUAUGGUGUAGUAAUGACUAUCUUGGUAUGAGUUGGCAUCCUAACGUUACCAAGGCUGUUAGUGAUGCCUUGUUCUGUCACGGAGCUGGGGCAGGAGGGACACGCAAUAUAUCCGGUAAUUCACCCCUACAUGAGGAUUUGGAAGCAGAGCUAGCUGGUUUACAUCAAAAAGAGGCUGCUCUUGUAUUUACAUCAUGUUAUGUGGCUAAUGAUACAACUUUGGAAACACUAGGAAAAAUGCUGCCAGGUGUUCAUAUAUUUUCGGAUUCUGGUAACCAUGCCUCAAUGAUUCAGGGAAUAAAGAAUAGCCGUGCACCAAAACAUAUAUUCCGGCACAAUGACCCUGUACAUUUAGAAGAGCUUCUAAAACAAGUGGAUAUUAGCAUUCCUAAGCUAGUUGUAUUUGAGACUGUUCAUUCUAUGUCUGGUGCUGUGUGUCCAUUAAAUGAACUAUGUGAUGUAGCUCAUAAGUAUGGGGCGCUGACAUUUGUUGAUGAAGUACAUGCUGUAGGAUUGUAUGGCCGCCAGGGAGCUGGAAUAGGGGAGAGAGAUGGAUGCAUGGAUAAAAUUGAUAUAGUAUCUGGAACACUUGGAAAAGCGUUUGGAAAUGUAGGAGGAUACGUUGCUAGCACCAGUAAAGCUAUUGAUACAAUCAGAAGUUAUGCCUCAGGAUUUAUAUUUACUACAUCACUGCCUCCUACAACACUGUCUGGAGCCAUUGCUUCUGUCAAGAUUUUAAGAAGUGAAGAAGGAAGACAGCUAAGAUUUAAACAUCAGGAAGCUGUCAAAUAUCUUAGUGAGAAACUGUUGGAAGCUGGUUUACCUAUAAUACACUGCCCAAGUCAUAUCAUUCCAAUACAUGUUGGGGACCCUGCACUAUGUACACAUUUGUCUAAUGAACUGAUGACCAAGCACAAUAUAUAUGUACAGCAAAUCAACUACCCUACAGUUGCUAAAGGAAAAGAAAGGUUGAGAGUGGCACCUACUCCCCACCAUACCAGACCAAUGAUGGACCAUUUUGUUAAAGCUGUCAAAGAUGUGUGGCUAAGCUCUGGAUUGGAACUCAAGCCAGGGGGAUGCUGCCCAAAGGAAUGUGAAUUCUGUGCAAAACCCCUGGAUUAUGAAAAGUUUUCUGCUCGUGAAAAGAUCUGUGAUCGUUCUAACUGUACCUAUGCCUCUCUCCAGUCUGCCAUGACAUAAACCAUGGGUUUUAUUUUAGACAUGACUUUAUUUAUAAAUUUUUCAACGUAUACUGGUUAUAAUAAAUAUAAGAUGAUUAAGAAUAUGUCUGUAAACUGUAUUCAAUAAUGUUUUAUACACACUUUUGUAUUGUUAAGCAAAACACAAAUGCAAGACAAAAAUUAUCAGGAACAUUUUGGGGAAAAUGAAGUUUAACAAAAAUAUAGAAAUUUCAAAAAACUUGAACCACAUAGGAAAAAUAGGAAAAAUGUUAUUGGAUAUAAAACAGGUCAACAAACUAAUUUUGAUAUUGAGAAGAUUAAUAUUUCUUAAAA